AUGUCCCAACCCAAUUCCCUCAAAGUACUCCUCCUCCCCUUUCCAGGCUUCGACACCUUGGACCUCUAUGCUCCAAUCGAGGUCCUGGGCAAGGGUGCAGCCAUCGGUGGGCUUGAGAUAACCUUUGAAAUCGCCACAAUCGCCCAACCAACUCUCAGCGCGGAGAAAGUCCCUGUCUAUCGUACCCUCAGCAUUUCCCAGGCGAUGAUGCAGCUCGACCAGUAUGAGAUCGUUAUCCAGCCUGGCGCCGGCAUUUCCAAAAUAGAAAAGUAUCUAGAAACUCCAGAGCUACUUGGACUAGACCCAUCCAGCGUGAGGGAGCAUCUGCAACUGCUCCUGACUUUUUCGCAAAUGACUACGCCAUCUCCGCGAGGCUUGGCGGGGUUAGCAGGGGUAUUCAGCAACAUGGUCGUCACUACCCAUUAUGAGGGUCUUGAAAAGUUGGGAGAGUAUUGUAGGAUGGCGGGUCAAGGAACAGUUAUUGAGCCCGAUAUAGGCAACGGGGGUUAUGAAGGCUACUCGAAUGCGCAGCAGCAUUCGUGGAGGUGGGUCACUGUAAACCGACCCGGGUUUGGAGUAAACGUUAUCAGCUCAGGAGGGAUUAGCUGCGGGCUUGACGCAUCAUUGUACUUGUUGAGCGAGCUGGAGGUGAUAAAGGAUGGGCAGCGAGAGAAGGUUGGAAUUGCGAAGGCACACAGGUGCGCGCGGAUUAUGGAGUAUGCAUGGCGGUGGGCUUAG